GAAUUUAUUCCUCGCUUUAUUAUCCGAAGUCUUAGAUCAGUGUGCUUUGCUGGCGCCUAAAUGAAGUAACAUCUACAGAUAUUUGGCAUUCUGUGGUUCUGGUAAUUUUCAGUCCAGUCUGACCGUUUAUAUUUGUAAAGAGAUCCCAGGGAAUUCUGCAUUUGGAAGAACCAGAUUCUGCAAUAAAAGGAAGGACGCAUUCUAUAAUGGAACCAAAACUGCUACUAUGUUUUGUGUACGUUCUGUUCUGUGUAUGCCAUGGCCAGAUUCAGUAUUAUAUUCCCGAAGAAAUGAAACACGGGACUGUUGUAGGAAGUAUUGCAAACGACAUAGGACUGGAUCUAAGACAGAUGUCAUAUAGGAAGUUUCGAAUUAAUUCUAGGAACCAAAGACAGUACUUCAAGCUUAGCGAGGAAACUGGGGCAUUGAUUGUAAACGACAGGAUUGACCGGGAACAGUUAUGUGAGGCGAGUUCUACUUGUAAUCUUAUUUUGGAAGUUUUCUUGGAAAAUCCAUUCAAAAUUUAUAGAAUUGUUGUGAAUAUAAGUGACGUUAAUGAUAAUGACCCGGUAUUUCCAUCGGAAGAGUUCAGUUUGCAGAUACUGGAAUCCACAACUCCAGGGGCACGUUUCCCCCUCCCAAGUGCAUUUGAUGCAGAUAUCGGCUCCAACUCGGUUAAAAAAUAUGAGCUUAGUCCAAGUGAUCACUUUUUACUAGAUGUGCAGACUCGGGAUGAUGGCACUGAAUUCCUGGAACUUGUUCUAAAAAAGGCAGUUGAUCGAGAGCAGCAAUCAUUGUACGACUUGCUACUGGUGGCCAGAGAUGGGGGGCUUCCCAGUAGAAGUGGGAGCAUUAAGAUUUUAGUAUUAGUUCUGGAUGCAAAUGACAACGCACCGUAUUUUGACAAGUCUUCCUACACAGUUAGUCUCCUGGAAAAUGCAGCUGUAGGGUCGUUGGUGAUCAAGCUAAAUGCUUCGGACUUAGACGAAGGAAUGUAUGGAGAAAUUGAUUAUUCUGUUAGCAGCCAUACUCCUGUCUCAGUCCAGAAACUUUUCAAAGUAAAUUCUGAAACCGGAGAAAUGAGGCUUAAUGGUGCGAUUGAUUUUGAAAAGACCAGAUUUUACAAAAUAUAUGUUUUUGCCAAAGAUAAAGCAGGUCUGCAUUCAGCAAACUCUAAAUGUGAGGUCUCUAUAAAUAUUAUAGAUCUUAAUGAUAAUACACCAGAAAUAACAUUCUCUUCGUUUUUAACUAAAAUACCGGAAGAUGCCACACUUGGAACUAUUGUAGCUUUGAUUGAUGUUUCUGAUAAAGAUUCUGGUAGUAAUGGAGUAGUCUACCUAAAAAUCUCAGGAGGUGCUCCUUUUAAACUUAGCCGAAUGGGGACUUACUACUCCUUGGUCACCAGUGCACUGCUAGACCGAGAAGCUGUCUCCCAGUACAACCUCACAGUCACAGCCACAGAUGGUGGAACCCCUAGCCUUACAUCCCAGGAAGCCAUAACAAUACACAUUGAGGACAUUAAUGAUAACCCACCAGUUUUUGAGAGGCCAGUCUAUGAAGUAUAUAUUUCUGAAAAUAAUGCACCAGGUGUUUCUAUUAUUUCCAUCAAAGCAAGUGACCCUGACUACAGUUCAAAUGGUGCUGUGUUUUAUUCCAUUUCAGAUGUUACUAACCAAGGCAAGUUGAUGCCUAAUCUCAUAUCUAUCAACCCUGAUAAUGGAAACAUAUAUGGUAUGCGGUCAUUUGAUUACGAGAAACUUCGUGAGUUAAACAUCGCAGUGAUUGCUCAAGACAAAGGCUCACCGCCAUUAAGCAGUAAAGCUAUUGUGAACUUAUUUAUCAAAGAUGAAAACGACAAUCCCCCAAGAAUCUUAUAUCCAUCUCAUGACAAUGGCCCAAGUUUAGUAGAAAUAGUUCCACCAAAUGCAAAUUCUGGUUGUUUAAUAACAAAAGUUGUGGCAGUGGAUGCAGAUUCUGGGCAGAAUGCAUGGUUAUCGUAUCAGGUGUCUCCUGUGUCUGAUUUAAGAUUAUUCAAAGUGGGGUUCCAUACUGGAGAAAUAAGAACAGUUCGUAAUUUUACUGCCAAGGAUGCACUAAUGCACAAUCUGGUUGUUUUUGUAAAGGACAACGGACACCCCAGUCUCACGUCCACUGCCAAUUUUAGAAUAUCCGUAUCUAAUACUGUCCACGAAGCUCUGGUUGAGUCAUUAAGUGAAGCAACAAACGAGAACCACGACUUAACAUUUUACUUGGUCAUAUCUUUGGUUGUGGUUUCUCUUAUAUUUGUCAUAACCAUUGUUACAGCAAUUGUCUGUAAGACAAGAAGACCAAAAGAUCUGCGUCUCCCUUACAAUUCACAGUUUGCAGAUUUUCACACAUCAACCCAACCCCUACCUUCAAAUUACUUUUCCAAGGUUUAUGUGUCAGCAGAUACAGUUAAAGAAAAUGGAACAAUUGAUGGACUUCUUGAGUUUGAUAAUGGCCCUGGAAAUGCCAGUCGUAAUGGUGAAACGUGGGCAAGACAUGAAGCAGACUGGAAUAAAAUCCCUUUAGAUGGACAGGUGCUUUGAGAUAUUCAUUCGAAAAGAUGCAUCCAUUUCUUCUCAGAAUGUUAUCUUCUGCAAAAUGAACUACAAAGACUUUGGCUAAUCAGAUUUCUUCAAAACAAGUGUUUUGGUUGUUUGAGUGUUAACCUUUCAAAGCAAUCGGUCUUCUUGCUUCUCCUCUGGAAGUGUUCUAUUGGUUUUAUUACAGCAGAAUCCUUGCCUUGCCUUAUUCCUGUUGAAUCUUUUUUUUUAACCUGAUAUUGUUAUUUACGAAUCUAUAAAGUUGUUAAUAUAGCAAUCCUUCAUUUUAAUUUGGCCAAACCAAAGAGUAAAAAGAUCAUAAUCUGUAAAUCAGACCUUGCAGCAAGAUCACUAGCAAGCCCUUUUUGAUGCAUUCAAUUUUCAGAAAAGUGGUUCACUAGACAUCAGUACUAGUAUUUCUGUACGAUCUCUUUCAGAGCCUUUACUUUAUACAUCAAAUAUCACUUCAGUGAUUCAAACAGAUGUCAUUAUAAGUCCAUAGGUAAUUACUAAGCAUGUGAUCUAAGAAACUAUUGAGGAAACUAUCUCAAUUUCUCCAGGGCACGAUCCGGUAAAAUGGUGGUGAAGUGAAUCAAACCCCGGAUUACAGGAAGCAGCUUGUAAGUAGCUCACAGCUUUAAUCAUCUGCACUAUCUCCCAGAUUAGUACUUGUUUGAAUUAGCAGGCAACACUGUACAAAAUGCAGCUGCCAUUUCUGUGUCUGCUUUAGUAUGAAGUUGUCAAGCACUAAUAUAACAAAAUGAAUAAGGUCAAAUGAAGCCAUGGUUUGAUACUGAUAAAUGUACUCAACACAGGCCUAUCUAAGUCUCAUGACAAAAUGAACGUUCCUCUGGCCUUAAAAGUAAGCAUAUACUUAGUAUUUUAGUUGCUUUGAUCCAUUCAGUGAUCGUUGUAAGGUAACUGUUUUAAUUUUUAUGUAUUCAUUUCUCAUUUACAUUUGUUGACAGUGAAUGUUCAGCUGGGGAGAGUCUAAAGUGCUGGUGUGAAAAACUCCAAUUGUAUAUAAUUUAUAAAAUGUUCAGUUAGAAUGUAGAUGCACGUAUAUUAUAGCUUGUACAGAUAAACUGCAGUCUAAUGAAGGUACAAACAGAUGAAAGAGCUUACUGUUUAUUUUUCCAUUUUAUACAGACCUACUGAGAAAUGCAUAUAUAGCUAAGCUAGUGUGGUUCAUAUUUGCUUACUAAUUUUAUUUUUAUUUUAUUUUAUUUAUUUUACAUUUGUUG